AUGAGCUCACACCACAGCCUAUCAGAGAAGGAGGAUGAAGUGGUUUCUAAAGCUCCUGUUAAGAUAAGGAAGAGGCCUAGGAAAGUGUUGGUUGGUUGUAUCAGCAAAGCCAAGGAUAAUACUAAAGAAUCCGAGUCCAUGAUGUGUCACCAAUGUCAACGAAACGAUAAUGAGGUUGUAAGGUGUCAGAACUGUAAGAGGAAGCGUUAUUGCAUCACAUGCUUAAAAAAAUGGUAUCCUAACAUUCAACAUGAAGACAUUGCCAAGAAAUGCCCCUUUUGCUGGAAUACUUGCAAUUGCAUAGCAUGCUUGCGUCUAGAAACUGGAAUGAAAGGGUUAAAUCCAUACUUCUAUGUUAGCAAGGGUGAAGAAAUUCAAUGCUCUAAGUAUAUUCUGCGGAAGCUUCUUCCACAUCUGAAGGAAAUAAAUGAUGAACAAAAUUUUGAGAAGGAAGCUGAGGCAAAGAUAUCAGGAUUGGAGUUUGGAGAAGUGAAGCCUGAAGACAUUAAUUUUCACCCUGACGAAAGAUUAUGCUGUGAUAGCUGCAAGACUGCGAUCUUUGAUCUUCAUAGACAUUGCUCGAGCUGUAGUUCUGAUAUCUGCAUUGCAUGUUCCAUGGAGAUCCGAAAAGGAAGGCUUCAGGCCUCUCAGGAGGAUGUUUCUUGGAAUUUCAUUAACCGAGGUUUAGAUUAUCUACAUGGAGGAAAAGGGAAAAAUGAUAAACCUACGGAUGAAAAGCUGAAUAUCGAAGGCUCUGUGAAGCUCCCAUCUACUACGUGGAAAGCAAAUGAAGCUGGGAUCAUUAGUUGCUAUUGUGGUGGGGGAGAUUUAGAGUUGAAACGUGUACUUCCCGAUGGUUGGGUAUCUGAUUUGGUCAAAAAGGUAGAAGAAACUGCUGAAACUAGCAAGCUUUUUGAUUUACCUGAAGUGGCCACAGAGAGAUGCCCUUGUUUUAACUCUGAAGGUCAUGUAGACAUGGACAAGAACAAAAACUUGUUAAAGGCUGCAUGUCGAGAAGGAUCAGAAGACAAUUAUCUAUAUUUUCCAAGUGUUCAUGAUGAUGAUCUGAAGCAUUUUCAGCAUCAUUGGGCAAAAGGAGAGCCUGUGGUUGUGAGGAACGUGCUUGAGGCUACAACUGGUUUAAGCUGGGAACCAGGUGUUAUGCAACGUGCCUGCCGUCAGAUUAGAAGCACUAAGCAUGAACCACUUCCGGAUGUUAAAGCUAUCGAUUGUCUGGACUUCUGUGAGGGAUCCAUUAAAAUUCAUGAAUUCUUUACCGGUUACAAAAAAGGCCGUUAUGAUCGUGAGGGUUGGCCAAGUCUUCUGAAAUUGAAAGAUUGGCCUCCGUCGAAGAGCUUCAAUGAAAACUUACCACGUCACUGUGAGGAGUUCUUAUGCAGUUUGCCUUUGAAGCUGUAUACUCACCCGCGUGAUGGGCCUUUAAAUCUCGCUGCAAAGUUGCCUGAUGAGUGCUUGAAGCCAGACAUGGGACCAAAGACUUACAUUGCUUAUGGAUUUGCGCAAGAACUGGGCCGUGCAGAUUCAGUAACGAAGCUCCAUUGCGACAUGUCUGAUGCGGUUAAUGUGUUGACGCACAUAAGUGAAGUGAUCAUCAAAGAGGAUGAAAAGAAAUACAAAAUGGAAAAACUGAAAACAAUGAAGAAGAAGCAUACUGAACAAGAUGUCAAGGAGCUCUUUUGCUCGGUUCCUAACUACGAGGAAAAGAUGCAGAUUCUAGAAAAAAAUAGCGAAGAAGAAGUCAAGAACCUCGAAGCUGAUGGAGGAGCUCUUUGGGACAUUUUCCGUAGAGAAGAUGUUCCAAAAUUAGAGAAAUACCUUCUGAGUCAUCAUAAAGAGUUCCGACAUUUCUUCUGUUCCCCCGUGUCUCAGGUGGUUCAUCCAAUACAUGACCAGUCGUUCUAUCUGACACGUUAUCAUAAAAUGAUUUUGAAAGAAGAAUACGGCAUUGAGCCAUGGACGUUUGUUCAGAAGCUUGGAGAUGCUGUGUUAAUACCUGUAGGCUGCCCUCAUCAAGUCAGGAACUUGAAGUCUUGCACAAAGGUGGCGCUUGACUUUGUCUCACCUGAAAAUAUCAGUGAGUGUUUCCGUUUGACAAAGGAAUAUCGUUUGCUACCCCCAAACCAUCAUUCCAAAGAGGACAAGUUGCAGAUAAAGAAGAUGAUAGUCUUUGCAAUCGAUAAGGCUCUCGAAGACUUAGAUCGAAAUAAAAAGUCUCUAGAAGCCAGAGAGGAGAUGAAGGCAAGGAUGGUGACGUCCAGACGGAAGCGUAAAAACUGA